AUGACCUCAACUGGAGUGGGCGCGGCCGCCGAGAACACGCGGAAUGUCAGGAAUCGUUCGGCGAUUCCAUCUUUGCCUCUAGGAGAAGGAGUCAAGUUGUGUAAAGAAGGGGGCGUGGCUGAAGUGUUGUCUAGAUGGCGAAUCCAUUCCCAAGAGGACCCCCGGACCCCCCGUCGCCCGCCCAUCACCGACUUUGUGGCCCUCAACACAGAAGCGAUCAAAUCCGGUCACCGGACGGCCAAACAAUUUAGGGAUUACAAAGCACAAUUGGGUGCGGCCAAUACUCUCCCUACCCCCAAGACGCCGAGGGGCAGGGCUUCGCAACGGCCGCAAAUUCCCGACAUCACCUUUGGGAUGAAGAACAGGGCGUCGUCUCCAAUUUUUGACAUUUUGGCACACGAGUAUGGCCGACGCUGGGUACAGGAAAACAUUAAAACUCGCAGCGAGUACGAGAGACGCCACACGGUCAAGUUUCCGCCCUUCGCCCACACGCGCGCUUCUAUACUCCGCACCAAUGCCGCACCUCCGCUCGUCACCGUCCAUCCACACACACGCACCCGAUACGCGCAGAUUGGCCCCGCCCUGGACACCUGCAGAAAACAUAUUUCAAGCACCAUAUAA